UGGUGCGAUGCAGCUUCGCGGGCACGUCCAGUGUAACAUUGUGAUCCCUAUCCCUGCACUGCAACAGCACCCCUCCUCCACCCGCCUCUCAACCUCCCGAGUAUCAUUACCCGACGUGACGGCAAUCUUUGCCCCCCGAUCUCUCUCCCUUCGAGUUGUCUCCCGCCUCAUUGGGCAAUUUGUUUUAUGCAGCUGUGCCCGGAUAAGAUGUCGAGGAAUGGCUGGUGGUUAUGAGGUCCACACCUUGUGUUCGAUAGGAACCAACUGACAUGUCAGUCCGUCGUGCAAGGAGAAAACUUUUCCUCCCAUGUUCGCUCGCCGCUCGCUCUGGGCCCACCGAUAGAGCCCCGUGGUCGGCUGUCCUGCGAUGGAGAAAACGAUCGUCCGUUGGAUCUCUCCGCGGGAAUCCUUAUCUCAACUUGUUGGGAGGAGGGGCCAGGGACUACGUUGCCUCCGGCAGUCACAAUAGCUGUGAUGGAAGCGACUUUCAUAUAACCACCACCGUCCUGUGCCUUGUAGCAGUCAUGUUACUGCUUUCAGGGCAAGCCAUUUUGAACAUCGAACCAACAGUCGCUACUCGCCGCCAUCUUAGGAUCUCAACUACGAUCCCCGUGUGUGCGCGCGCGUGUGUCUCGAGAACCCCAUUCCCCCCUGUGAACCAUUCCAAACAUGGCCUCACCUCAAGAUGUGGAAGCUCCUAUGACGGAGAAGAAGGUCGCUGUCGUCUCGGACCAGUCCGAUACCACCAGCGAGGCCAACGGCGAGACCGAUCUCGUAUCUGUGGAAGCCCAGUACACCAAAGAGGAGUUUCACAAGCUCAAGCGCAAGGUCGACAAGUACCUCCUCCCACUCAUGUGGAUAUGCUACGGCAUCCAACAGGUCGACAAGACCGCUCUAGGCACCCAGGCCAUUUUCGGUCUGCGCGAAGACACGGGCCUAAAGGGUCAGGAGUAUUCAUGGCUGACGACCAUCUUCUACAUCACUUACAUGUGCUUCGAGUUCCCGAGCAACAUCGUCCUCCAGCGCUACAAGAUGGGCCGCACCCUCUCCGUCUACAUGAUCUGCUGGGGCAUCAUCGUGCUCUCCAUCGGCUUCGCCAAGAACUUCACCCACCUCAUCGUCCUCCGCGCCCUGCAGGGCGCCUUUGAGUGCUGCAUCUCGCCCGGCUUCAUCCUGCUCGUCGGCACCUGGUACAAGACGCGCGAGCACGCCUCGCGCUCCCUCGUCUUCCAGAGCGCCAACGCCGGCUUCGGUGUCAUUGCCCACCUCAUCAUGUACGCCAUUGGCGCCUCGACGCAGCACAAGGAGGGCGCCCAGCCGUGGCGCUACAUCUCUUAUUUCCUCGGUAGUCUUACGACGGCCAUCGGAUGUCUCUGCCUGUUCCUCCUAGGGACCCCUUCAGAGGUGAAGUGGUUGACCAAGGCCGAAAAAGAGAUGGCGAGCGCGCGCAUCAUGUCCAACAACACCGGCCACGACCGCACCGCGAUUAAGGGGUGGAAGUGGAAGCAGGUCCGCGAGUGCCUCAUCGACCCAUGCUUCUGGUUCGCGGGAAUCAACGCCUUCCUCAGCUCCGUGCCCAACGGCGGUCUUACGACCUUCAGCAGUAUCAUUAUGACGUCCUUUGGCUUCACCAACCUACAGACCAUCCUUAUCGACAUCCCCCGCUCCGUCAUGUCUGUCAUCAUCUUCAUCUGCGUCGGGUUCCUCACCAGCAAGCGCGCCAACCUGCGCCUCUGGAUCAUGGCUUGUUCCGUGCUCCCGCCCUUCGCCGGCUUUCUCGGCAUGUCCCUGCUCCCCAACGACCCGGCCAUCAAGUGGACCAAGUGGGGGUGCUACUUCAUCACCGUGCCCUUCGUCCUCGGCCUCUUCCUCGCCUGGACCCUGAUCCCGAGCAACACGGCCGGCCGCACCAAGCGCACCAUCACGAGCAGCUUCACCUUCGUCGGCUACUGCGUCGGCAAUAUGGUCGGCAGCCAGAUCUUCAAGGCCAAGGACGCGCCCAAGUACACGCCCGGCACGAUCGGCUGCGCCAUCUGCUUCGGGCUGGAGUUUGCUCUGAUCCUGACGUGGCGGUGGGUGCUCGUGAGGCGCAACAGGAAGAGGGACGCCGACAUGGCCGUCGACGGUCUGACGGUCGAGGAAAGGGCCAAGAGGGGCAAGGAGUUUGGCGAGCAGGACUACACCGACUUUGAGAAUCCUUACUUUCGAUACACGCUCUAGAGACGCGUUGGGUGGCAAGCAACAGAGGACGUGGUUUCAUUUCAAGCAAGGUUGGACUCUGGUUUUGGGCGGUGUUUAGACGAGGCACAGUCGCCUCUGAACGAGAUUUGCGAACUCCCAAAGGACCGCACCG